UAUAAUUACAUAUAAAUUUUAUUGAUCUCCCAUGAAUACUAUCCCUUACGCUAAUAAUAUUGAUUGUAAAAGCUAAUAUAUAUCUCCAAAGAUCGAUCAAUACCCUCAACCACUUUCCCUGUUAAAAAUGUUAAUAGAAAUAUUUCCUAACAAUCCCCUUAAAAGCAUCCCAAAAGGUUUUAUCAUUUCUCUAUUAUUGUCUAGAGAAUUUGAUUACAGACUUAUCUAAUCCAAAACUUAAAAUCUAAAUUCCUCUUCGCAAGCUUAAUCAAGACUUCGAUCCGAUACUCCCAUUACUAUUCGUGGAUCAAAUUAUCGUUAUGUAGGUUAAAUGAAUGGCAAUCAGAGGGAGGGAGUUGGUUCAUAUUUUACAAAUGAACUUGAAUAUGAAGGAGAAUGGCUUCAAAAUGUUUAUAAUGGAUUUGGAAAAUAUUAUUUAGAUGGCAAAUUAUCAUAUUAAGGAUAAUUUAAAGACGGGUUAAAACAUGGUGCAGGUAUUGAAUAUUAUGAUGCCGAUUCAUAUUUUGUGGGAAAUUUUUAAAAUAAUAAAAAAAAUGGGAUUGGAACUCUUUAUAGAAUAAAGGAAAAAAUAUAAGGCAUGUGGGAAAAUGAUUAAUUAGUAGAGAAAUAUUGA